CUGCAAUUUGCAUUUAACGGACUCGCCGUGGGCGCGGUGUACGCCCUGUUGGCGCUAGGCUUCACCCUGGUCUACAGCACGGUAUGGUUCUUCGACCUCUAUUAUGGAGCCGCCGCCGCGCUCGGCGCGUACGGGGUGUUCUACCUGCGCACCGACCCGGCGUUAGGAAGUCGGCUCGACAUUAACAGCGUCCCUGUAAACGUUGUCUUCGGAGCGGUGGUAGCGGGUGUGGUCGCCUGGACGCUGUACACCGUACUGGAGCCUCGUUUAAGAGAACGGGCCAGCCCGACGGCCUUCCGCGCUGUCCUUGCGGUCGUUGCCGUCGCGAUGGGCAUUUACACCGCGGUAGUGCUGUCAUAUCCGGAACACCUGCAUCUGACCCUGAGCCCAGCGGUAGGACUGGCGACGGCGGUCGUUGCGAUCUCGGUCGCUCAACGAGCUGUCCGGACAGUGGUUGCAAGCGUCAGUUCGACGCGGGUUGCACUGGUCGCAGCCGUACCGGCGUCCACGUUGGGCGCCUGGUGCGGCUACCUGCUGACGAACGCUCCGGGAGCGGGCCUCUACCUGAGCUGGGCAGUUUCGUGCCUGCUGGCCGGCUGCGUGGGGCUGGCGCUGUACCGGGGCCUGUACGCGUACAUGCGAGAACGGGCACGGUCCCCGCUGAUCAUGCUGGUCGCGUCCCUCGGCAUCCUGCUAGCCAUCGCCGCACUGAUCGUCAUAGUGUUUCAGAGCGCUCCGCGGCCGUUGCCCGACGCCUUCGGCAGUACCCCAUGGAACAUCGCCGGCGCGCGCAUCAAGGGGUUCAACGUAUUUGCGAUCGGCGUCGCCCUCGCCGGUUUCGCCGGCAUGUGGUUCCUGCUAAAGAUGACCUCCUUCGGACGCGCGGUACGGGCCAUCGGCGACGAUGAAGAGGUCUCCAAGGUGGUCGGGAUAAACACCACCGUCAUCAUCGCCAUUGUGUUUUUCAUCGGAGCGGUCUACGCCGCGAUGGCGGGGAUCCUGACCGGCCACGACACGGCGGUGCAACCGCGCAUGGGCCUGCUGCUACUGCUGAAAGGCUGGAUUGCCUCAGUGGUCGGCGGCAUCGGCAAUCUCUACGGGGCCAUCGUGGGCGGAUUUGCGCUGGGGUUAGUGGAGCAGUUCGGCAUCUGGGACCUGGCAGGAGAAUGGAAGGACGCCAUAUCGUUCGUCCUGCUCAUCCUGUUCCUGUCGUUCUGGCCGCAGGGUCUGCUGCCGAGGAGGUGA